UUCACGCCCGAGGCGCUUGGUGCCGUGAGGGGGGUGCUGGUGGGAGAAGUGCUGCCCUGUGGCAAUGAGGGUCCCGUGCUGAGCCUCAGUGUCCUGAGCGCCGCCCUUUGCUCUCUGCAGCAUUCCCUGUUUUCAGCGCUCUCCGCCUUUGGGCUGCUCUAUUCCCUUCGGGUGCACAGAAGCGCUGCCGUCGCGGGGCCUGGGUAUUAUGCCUUGGUCAAGUUCUACUCGGCUAGAGACGCCAGCCGGGCCCAGCGAGCGUGCAACGGGCAGGGAUUAUUUCAGAGCUCUCCCCUCAAGGUUUGCAUUUGCACCAGGCAGAAGGUCUUUCAGCAGCAAGGCCAUGCUCUGAGGGGUUACAAGUGCAAGGAAUUGGCCAAUUACUACCUGGGCUUCAAUGGCUGGUCGCACCGGAUCAUCACGCUGCAGAACAUCUCUGGGCUGGACCUGGAGAGCGAAGAGCUGGGCGGGUUGCCCCAGCGGCAGAGCCUGAAGUACCUGUGCGUCGUGGAAGUGAUGCUGCGCCAUCAUGGGCUCUGCCCCAGGGGGCUGGGCGUGGCUGAGGCCCAUGUGGAAAAUGGCCAAGAUCCCCUUGAGCUUGUCACAAAAACAGGAAAUGUUCAGAAACUGGCAGUCGAGAAAGCUCUGGCGAGUGCAUUUCAGAAGAUCCUUCUCAUAGUUUUAGAGAACGGGAAGGUGGCUGUGGAGUACAACGCUGCCCAGGAAGAACCCAUCGACCCCUUCACGGAUGAGGAACUGAGAGGACUUGUUCAGGUCAAUGACUUGUCCUUGGAGCAGCUGAACCUCAAGGAAGAAGAAGAAUCCCUGUCGGAUUUCAGUUUUGAUGAAGAGCAGCUGCUGGAAGGGAGACAGUCCAAUUAGUGCAGCUCACUUGUAGAGUAUCUUGGGUCUUACAGUAUCUUGGAGCGUUGCUCGGGAAUGGAAGCAAAAGGCUCUAACAUUGCACAUGCUAAAUGUUUCAGAUGUUUUGUUUUCUGAUCAGAGGGUACAAAUAAAUCGUUGCUGUCUAUUGUUGCUCAAGACUGAUGAACCUAA